AAAUCGAGGGAUGAAUAAACCCUUUAGAUUGAUAAACAAAAAACCAUUGACAGUAUUGUCUUGAAGAGGCGUUGGAGCGUUUUGCUCCUCAUUGAAUUACACACUAUAAUGAGUUUUUAUUUCGACCACUCUGAAUGUCAACUCUCUUAAGUCUGUUCUAGUAGUUCAUUGUUGUCCUUAAUUCCAUUUUGUCAUGGCCAGCGUGAUCGAAGAUGCCGAAACUUACCAGCAAUCAGGGCUAAUCGUUCCUUCGUUUAAUCUCGAAAAUAGCAAUGACCUAGUGCCUCUUACCAAUCCCGCAUCUGAUGUAACCACUCUCAGACGAACCAGUGCUCUUGGAAGUGCUUCAAGAGUAGGUACCAGCAAUCUUGGGACUGUCUUCCUGAUUGUGAAUGCUGCACUUGGAGCUGGGUUAUUGAAUUUUCCUAAAGCAUUUGAUCAGGCAGGGGGUAUUGAAGUUGCUCUUGUUGUGCAAGCAAUCCUUGUUGUUUUUGUGAUAGCCUCACUACUUAUUCUGGCAAAGUGUUCUGAUGUAAAUGGUGCAGAGACUGUGCAGGCAGCACUCCAUGGAGCAAGUGGCAAGAUUGGCCAAAAUAUUGGUUCCUUUUGUGUAGCCCUUUACUCUUUUGGCACUUGCAUAACUUUCCUUAUCAUUAUUGGAGACCAAUUUGAUAGAGCAUUGGCUUCUUUGUAUGGACCAAAUUUCUGCAGUUAUUGGUACAUGCAAAGAGAAUUUUUGAUUCCAGCUUCUUCCAUAAUUUUCAUUCUUCCACUCUGCUUCUCGCUGAGAAUCGAUUUUCUUAAAUACGUUAGCCCCGUCGGAGUUUUAUCAAUUGUGUACGUUGUUGGUCUCAUUGCGUACGAAUAUUUCGAAGGAGGUUACGUCCCUGGGUUGAUCAAAGAAAGCCCCGAUAGUUGGACGGACGUCUUUCUCGUAGUUCCGGUCAUUUGUUUUGGUUACCAGUGCCAUGUAUCUGCGGUGCCCAUCUACUCGUGCAUGAAAGAAAGAACAGUGAAGCGUUUCUCCGUGUGCAUGUCCUCUGCGAUUUUUAUUUGUUUCAUAGCAUACACGGUUGCAGCAACGUUCGGCUAUCUGACUUUCGGUAGCAAUGUGCCCAGCGAUAUCCUCCAAGCAUAUGACGCAUCCCAGCCCCACGUCCUCAUCGCUAUUGUUGCAUUGGCCGCAAAGAGCUGCGCCACCUAUCCUAUUCUUGCAUUUUGUGGGAGGGAAGCGCUGAUGAGCGUGGCACAUGACUGUGGGUCGGCUUCGUCGGUUGUUACUGGCCAGCAUAGAGAAAAAUGGGGGCGUAUUCUUAUUGCCAUCACAUGGUUCACUUGCAGUCUGAUGCUAGCCGUAUUAAUACCAGACAUUGGUCAAGUUAUCCAAAUUUUAGGUAGUCUUGCUGCUGUGUUUAUCUUCGUCUUUCCGGGAAUUUGCUUGCUGCAAGUUACACUGAGGCAAGAUCCGUCUAUGAUCCGCCGGAAGAAUCUUGUUUCGUGCCUUUUUGCUUGCGCCAUCAUAGUCGUAGGCGUUUUUCUCUUUGGACUUGUUCUCACUCAGGCCAUCAGGAUCGACAUAGCGACUGCUUCAUCUGAACGACCGUCACAAUUUUCGCCACUGUGCAACGUUACCCAAAUCGCCAAUCUACGACUAGUAGGCGGCUGAUUGAACAUUGACUUGAAUGUGUUGCUGUUGUCUGUAGUUUACACUUUUCUUUUUAUAAUGUUGGUUUAAUUCGUUUCAUGAUAAUACACGCUCUCUGUACAGA